GGAGACGUACGCCACGGCGAGGGUGAGCGCCCCGCUGUGCAACGCCUCGCGGGCGCCGCCCAGGCCGAAGUCGCGGCGGCCCUUCUCCAUGCCAGGCAGCUGGCGGGGCAUCUGCCGCGACCUGCCGUUGCCGCAGGACACGCUCGUCACGAUGGCCCACUGGGACGGCCAGAACGCCUGCUGGGAGUGGCUGAAGCAGCGCGGGUGCUACGAGAAGCUGGGGCCGGGGGCCGUGACCUGGCGGGAGGGGCAGACCAUCGCCGCGUCCCAGAGCGUGGUGCCUUUCCCUUGGUUCUCGCCCAUGUAUCCGUUGAGGAACCCGGAGCUGUGCGACAUCAGGGAGAACGGAGCACAGCUCGACGCCACCGCCGAGGACAUCCGGGAGGCCACCGCCUGGCUCCACGAGCACGUGGCCGUCUACGUCCUGAACCUGCCGGCGGACACGCUGCGCCUCGCGGCCAUCUCCGCCCGCCUGGACGAGCUGAACAUCACGUUCCGCCGCGUGGCCGGGGUUGACCUGACCACCCCCGAGAAGAUGGAGAGGGCCAAGGACUCCAGCAUGGUGCCCCCCGGCUUCAACUUCACCCGCGCCCAGGCCGUGGCCGACCAGCCAUUCCACGGCAUGGGCGGCAUCCGGGGCACGGUGGGCUGCGCCGCGGCGCACCUGCACGCGAUGGCCGAGGUGCUGCGGAGGAAGCCGGCGCAGCCGCUGGCGCUCAUUCUUGAGGAUGACGUGCACCUUGUGCACGACUUCGCCCUCAAGCUGAGGCGGUUGCUGGAGGGCGAGGUCCCCUGCGAUUGGUCUGCCGUCUCGCUGAAGUCCUUGUGCGCCUUCGGCGAGUGCGUGUCGCCCCACCUGUCGAGGGUGCUGCCAGACAUCAACGAGCCGGCGGCGCGCUGCAGGCACGGCGUGAACUACGGCUUCUACGCCAUGUUGUACAGGAUGAGCAGCUUGGAGGAGAUCAAGGUGAAGUUGGCGCAGACAGUAUGGGACGAAGAGCGCCCCCACUGCUUGGACGUCGACGUGGCCCUCGCCUCGAUAUCCGACGAAGUAGCGUACUACGCCGCGCUCUCAGUUGGUUGUGAUGCCG